ACAACACAAUGAGUCUGGCAAAGUUAUCACUGUUGCUGCUGUUAGCAGUGAUUGGCUCCACUGCAGCUUCAUCUGCAGAAGAGUGCCAGACUCUGGCCAAAAAACUGGACAGUAAAAAUCUUGAUAAGAUUUAUGGUGAAUGGGUAUUGGUCUGGUCCGUCUCUGACGACAUGGGCCAUGAUUUGCUGAAAAACGUGACCAAUUCCCAGCUUGUGUUGAAACUCCUCAAUGACAGCAGAAUUGAGUACAUCGAGAAAAACACUCUCACCAAUGGCUGCUACACCUUCAGUGCUAUAAUAACGAUUCCAUCUGACGACGCUGAAAAUAGCACGAUGACGCAUCAUUCUACGAGGUACGAGAAGGAUGGCGUGGUUCAGGAGCUCAAUGAGACUGCACAUAGUGUGUUCUAUGAGAGCUGCUCCGACUGUCUCCUGAUGACCUACAAAAGUCCAACCUACAACUUCCUGCUUAGCUACAGGAAGAAGGGCUCACACCAGGAUGUGGAGCAACAUAAAGCCGCCCAUGAUGAUCAUAAGAAGCUGGCGGAGUGUCUGGGACUGCCUCAUGACAAACCAUACAUCUACGAUGGGGUCUCAGAUUCCUGUCACGAUAAAGCUGCUCCAGCAGCAAAUCUAGAGCAGGCCUGAAAGUAAUAAAGAAGGAUCAACCUUUAUCAAUAAAAAGACUUCUUGGAGAAAAUAAAACACAUGAAAA